AUUGCGAAAGUUUGUCCACAAGGAUUCCAARRRUUUACGUUUUUAGCAAUUAUAAUAWCKCUAAAAUGAAUACUUUAAUGCAGCGAGGCUUUAAAGUAAAUAUUUUACUAAGAGAGAGCCUUAGAUUAUGUAGAACAAGACUCAUUCCCUCGUCUGGGUUACUGACUUCUCGGCAUUUUGCUACAGACGGUGAUGCCGAUUUAGUUGUUAUAGGAUCUGGUCCAGGAGGAUAUGUUGCUGCUAUCAAAGCUGCUCAGUUAGGAAUGAAGACUAUUUGUGUUGAAAAAAAUCCAACYCUUGGAGGGACAUGUUUGAAUGUUGGCUGCAUACCUUCAAAGGCUCUCUUAAACAACUCCCAUUUCUACCACCAAGCUGUGACWGAUGACUUCAAGAACAGAGGAAUCGAUGUUUCAGGAAUUUCACUCAAUCUAAAGCAAAUGAUGUCUCAGAAAGAUACAGCAGUUAAGACUCUAACAAAUGGGAUAGCGCAUCUUUUCAAGCAAAACAAGGUUACUCAAGUACAAGGCAGAGGUACAAUAACAGGGCCCAAUGAGGUCACUGUUCACAAAGAUGAUAACUCAACGGAAGUCAUMUCAACAAAGAAUAUUUUGAUAGCAACUGGUUCUGAAGUUACCCCCUUUCCUGGAAUUGAAAUUGAUGAGAAACACAUCAUAUCUUCUACUGGUGCCUUGUCUCUACAACAAGUUCCUAAAAAUCUUGUCUUGAUUGGUGCUGGGGUAAUUGGUGUAGAAUUGGGUUCAGUUUGGUCAAGACUUGGAGCCAAUGUUACAGCUGUUGAGUUUCUGGGACAUGUUGGAGGCAUUGGCAUUGAUAUGGAGAUUUCAAAGAACUUCCAGAGGAUUCUUAAGAAGCAAGGGAUUAAGUUCAAGCUUAACAGCAAAGUAACAGGAGCAAGAAGAACUGAAGAUGGGGUUAUUGUAAAUGUYGAGUCAGCUAAGGAUGGKUCCAAAAAAGAAGAGUUGGAGUGUGAUGUUUUGUUGGUCUGCAUUGGACGAAGACCUUACACUACAAGGCUUGGUUUAGAGAAAAUCGGUGUGCCUAUAGACUCUAGAGGGCGUGUCCAAGUCAAUGAGCGUUUUCAGACAGUCGUCCCAAGUGUCUAUGCUAUUGGAGACUGUAUAGAUGGACCCAUGUUGGCUCAUAAAGCAGAAGAUGAAGGUAUAAUAUGUGUUGAGGGAAUGAAUGGCGGUGCUGUACACAUUGACUACAACUGUGUUCCUAAUGUCAUCUACACCCAUCCUGAAGUGGCUUGGGUUGGAAAAUCUGAAGAAUUACUGAAAGAGGAGGGUGUAGCUUACAAGGUUGGCAAGUUCCCUCUGUCAGCAAAUAGUCGAGCAAGAACCAAUGCAGAUAUCGAUGGAUUGAUUAAGGUGGUGGCUGACAAGGAGACAGACAGGUUACUUGGUGUCCAUAUGAUUGCACCAGCGGCUGGUGAAAUGAUCAAUGAAGCAGCACUCGCCAUGGAAUAUGGCGCAUCGUGUGAAGAUAUUGCAAGAGUCUGUCAUGCUCACCCGACCGUGUCAGAAGCACUCCGAGAAGCCAGCAUUUCAGCAUAUGCUGGAAAAGCCAUCAACUUUUAGACUCAUAAUUUACAAGGGUGUUUCCAGCCUUCGAAGGAGCUUUUUAUAGUGCUACAGAGAGCAAAAUGACAGCAUAUAUACCCUUGGCACCAUAGAGUCUAUUGUCUCGGGAAUAGGUGUUUUAAAUAAUUAUGUUGGGAUUCCUUUGCCUCGUUGAUAAGAUGUGUACAGAGACUGAUGAAAUGUUUAUAAAUGAUUAACAAUUUAGACGUUUGAAGUUGUUUACAGAAAGCGGCACAUGUUAGAUGCAAAAUUAUGACGUCAAUAUUUUGUCAUUGUAAUCAUCACACAUUUAUUCAUCGCAGCUCAAACCUUUAGAGCGCAUUUCGUUUGACUGUGCAAAAAUCACGGUACUUUCGCGCUGUGACCGUACCGUGCCGUAGCGGUGAUGUAUUGUUAAAUCUUUAAUUUUCAGUAUGAGGAAUCCUAGAAGGUGAGGUUCCGUGCCGUGCCGUGCCGUGUCCGUGUUGUGAUCCGUGCCGUUGCACAGUCAUACGAAAUCCGCUCUACUUCAUUUACAUGUGUUCACCGUAUGAAUGGGUUCACCCAAUAAAAUGACCGCUCAUAGUUCA